AUGUUUCACCCGCCUACAUUGCUUGCCCAGGUUCGCGAGGAAACUCUGCCGAAAGCUAUUCUUUUCGGUAUUAUGGGGCUGGCAGCCAGAUUUUCUGAUGACCCUGGCACUCGACAACAAACGGAAGAAUUCUUCCAACUUGCUAAAGAGUUCUUCAAGAUAGACUCACUUAAUGUGAAUCUUGAAAAUAUUCAAGCUAGUGUUCUUGUGGGCAAUAUUUGUGGAGCCGAAGGGCAGCCACAACUUGAGUCUUUGUUUUUUGGAAUUGCAUUCAGACUGGCUCAAAUACUUCGUCUACCUACUCCAAGUCCUCAAGAUGGGCCAAUUAAGAGGGAAAUUAAACUUCGAGUAUGGUGGUCGCUCUACAUGAUCGACCAAUGGUCCUCUGCUGGGUUGGGGGUUCCUCGACAACUCACCGAUGGCGACCGCUAUCCAUUACCUAUGAUGGAACUCGAAUUCUGGCAGCCAAACCUAGAGGCUCUAGCCAGAGAGGAUACUUCGGAUGAGAAAUUUGGUCUCUGGGGCUAUAUGAUUAUAUUGGCAAAAAUAUUCGGUCGCAUUCAGAAUCUGCACCAAAGUCUCGCCAAUGCUGUAUUGAAUGAUGCAGAUGCAGAGAAAAUCACUAAUAGCCUUUCUAGUGAUUUAGAAAGCUUUAUUGAUAUUCUGCCAUCAGAUUGCCACUUUUCCGUAACAAAUCUCAAGAGCCAUGCAGCUUUAGGCCUUGGACGAGCAUUUGUUGCCCUUCACCUAGGGUAUCACCACUACGCCACCCUGCUUUACUUUCCAUACUUAGAUGUCCAACUAAGAGGAGUGGCAAAUAAAUCACUCUACGCAAGUCGCUGCAAACACCAUGCUGCAGCGUUCAGCGAUUUACUCAAACUAUCUCACGAGAUAAAGGGAUGCGGGGCAGUAUAUUUCAUAGUUGCACAUAUGACGGUAGUUUCUUCUGCAGCAUUGCUCCAUACCCUAUUGUUUGGUGAACAUGAAGAAUUGACGCAAACGAGAUCGAGGUUGUAUGAAAACUUUGCAACUCUGAUGAAGCUCAAAGAGUACUGGCCAGCUGUUGAGAUGAUGAUCGAGAGACUUUUCACCUUCCAGAAAGCCUGUAUGAGAUCUAUGGAGAAGAUAUACACCGUUGAUAAAUGGAUUGUGAAAUUUUUACUCCAGCACUCUUUUCCUAUCGAAGAGUCUUCUUCCACUAUCGAUCCCCAACUUUCCGAGAGAGGGAAAGUUGCCAAUGACACGUUAUCCGUACUUCGGCAAUCAUCCAUGUUUACAACACACGCGGCUAUUUAA